AAAGAGAGAAAGUUUGUUAAGUAAAACCCAUGAAAAGAGAUAGGGAAACAAAGCUUUUUCUUUAAACUCUUACUAUAAAAGCACACUUCUUCUUCUCCACUCUCCACUCCCCACCUCAACAACAGGAGCAAAAAAUACUACUUUAAUGGCUCUCGUUUCCCUGUCUACAUUUCUUACGAGCUUAAUAAGCUUCUUAUGUGUUGCCUAUGCGCAGCAAGUCGCGGAUCCCUUCCCCAAUGGUAUUUGUGCUUCUUCAGUCAGAAUUCACGGUUACAAAUGCCAGGAAUUUGAAGUUAGAACCAAAGAUGGAUAUAUACUUAGUGUGCAGAGAAUACCAGAAGGUCGCUAUGGAGACCCGAGUCCUAACCGGCCACCAGUUCUAAUACAGCAUGGAGUUCUUGUGGAUGGAACAACAUGGCUUUUGAAUUCACCCGAAGAAAAUUUACCAAUGAUUUUGGCUGAUAAAGGUUUUGAUGUGUGGAUUGCUAACACAAGAGGCACCAGAUUUAGCCGGAGACACACUAGGCUUGUCGCUGAUCAACCGGAAUUUUGGAAUUGGUCAUGGGAUGAGUUGGUAACCUAUGAUCUACCAGCAGUUUUUGACCAUAUUUAUGUCCACUCUUAUCAGAAGAUACAUUACAUUGGUCAUUCCCUGGGAACAUUAAUAGCAUUGGCAUCUUUCUCCGAAGGGUUACUAGCAGACAAAGUAAAAUCUGCUGUCUUGUUGAGCCCCAUUGCUUACUUAAGCCACAUGAACACUGCACUUGGUGUUCUUGCUGCUAAAUCUUUUGUUGGUGAGGUCACUACACUAUUCGGCUUUGCAGAGUUCAAUCCAAAAGGUUCUUUUGUUUUUCUUGACAGAGAGGAAGGAUCAAAAUUUCUAAAAGCACUCUGUGCUUAUCCGGGUGUUGACUGCUAUGAUUUAUUAAGUGCAAUUACUGGCAAGAACUGCUGCCUCAAUUCUUCUACAGUCGAUCUUUUCUUGAGGAACGAGCCUCAAUCAACAGCAACCAAGAACAUGGUUCAUUUAGCUCAAAUUGUUCGAGAUGGGGUGAUAGCAAAAUACAACUAUGGAAAUACUAUUUACAAUAUGCAACAUUAUGGAGAAGCCAAACCUCCAGUUUAUAACUUAUCAAAAAUUGCAAAUGAUCUUCCUAUCUUCAUUAGCUAUGGAGGACAAGAUGCUCUUUCUGAUGUUCGCGACGUGCAACUACUGCUCGACAGCUUCAAGUUCCACGAUGUCGAUAAGAUUAAUGUUCAGUUCAUCAAAGAUUAUGCUCAUGCUGAUUUUGUUAUGGGGUUCAAUGCCAAAGACCUUGUCUACAACCAGAUUUUUUCAUUUCUAAAGCUUCAAAAAAACUAGUUGAAGAGAAAUGAAAGCCCUUUUGUAAUAAAUCUCAACCAAUAAUGUCUACCACUUGAUAGUAAAUUGUCAAAAUCUGCAGGAAAAUCUGUAGACAGGCUAUGCAUUUCCAAUAUUGUAUUGUUAUGUGUUCUGUUUCCAAGAAUAAUGAUCUAUUUGAAGUAACCGUUUAACAAACAAA